CAGUUCGAAACGUCGUCGUUUCACGAUUUCUCACUCUGCACAACUUUCUCCUAGGUUUGCCUCUGCAACUAGGGUUUGCUUUCUCCGUUCUUCAAUGGCGGAACUAAAGACGAUUUCAGCUGCUCUGAAACUGAUCGAUGCCAAAAAGGAGAGCCUACGUAAAGCCUUUGAAGACCUCGAAGCUCACUCCUCCUCCCUCUCCUCCUUCACCCUCACCUGGUCCGCCAUUGACGCUCACUUCUCCUCCAUCCAAUCAUCUCUCACCCGCCAAUUCGAAAUCCUUGAGUCCCGUACCGACAGCGUUCCUCAAAACGACACUCUUCCCACAAACAACGCUGUCUCUCUACCCGCACAAAGCAACGCCGUCUCUCUACCCCCACAAAACAACGCCGUUUCUCUACCCCCACAAAACAAUGCCGUCUCUUUACCCCCACAAGAGAGUGCCAUCUCUCGACCCACACAAAACAGCGCCGUCUCUCGACCCCCACAGAACAACGCCAAUCCAUCUCACCCUCAGCUGAGACUCCUCUGCUCCGCCAUGGACGCCGAAGCCCUCCGCCGCUACAUUAUGGACCACCCCAACGACCGUGAGACCCUCCGCUCCGAACUCCUCGACGCCUUCCAGGUAGCACGGGACCCGGCAAAGAUGGUUCUGGACGCUUUGACAGGGUUUUUCCCGUCAAAUGCAAACGAAGAUGGAUCCAGUGAGCUGCACACUAUGAGGCGGAGCUGCGUGUUCAUGUUGGAGCAGUUGAUGCUGUUUUCUCCGGAAAUUGGUGAGGAUGUGAGGCAGAGAGCGAAGAGUUUGGCGCAGGAGUGGAAGGGGAAAGUGAAAGUUGGAGACAACACGCUAAAGCCUAUGGGGUUUCUGCAUCUUCUUGCGGCGUAUGGGUUGGGCUCGGAUUACGAUAGUACUGAGCUUCUUGAGCUUUUGAUCGAUGUUGUUCGGUAUCGGGAAGUCUUUGGCUUGUGCCGCGGGCUCAAUUUGGUGGAUAAAGUUCCCGAUCUUAUUCAAAAUCUCAUUGGCAGUGGCAAGCCAAAUCUGGCAGUUAAAUUUGUUUUAGAAUUUAAGCUGACUCACAAGUUUCCGUUAAUCGCCAUCUUGAAAGACAUUGUGGAGUCGUCCAGGGAUGUUGCUAGAAAAGUUCGCAAAGAUGGAAAGCAUUCUCUUCAGUCAGUGAAUGAAGCCACAAGCAAAGAAAUCAGUGCAUUGAAACUAGUGACUAAGUACAUUAAAGACUACGAUCUCAACAAUGAAUACCCUGGGGCCCCCCUUGAAGAGCGCAUUCAGAAGCUCGAGAGCCAAAUGGCCGCCAGGACGGCUGCCAAAAAGCGCCCUGCACUUGCCCCUGCUCCCAGGCCUAAGCAGCAGAAGAAGCAAAAAAGCAAGCAGGCUCAGACAACGGCAACAGCAAGUCCCUCAGUCCCAAGCGGUGCAGCAGGUACCAGUUCAACAGCUGCUCCAUUCCAACAACCUCAUUUGCAGGCACCGGGUUUGGUGCCAGAUGGUCCUGUUCCAUUCAUGAACCCAUCAGCUGGGCUGUAUGGCUUUGCAGGAGUCCCCAUGGGCUUCCCUGGGAACCUUGGCCCUCCUAUGCCCCAUUUACACCCAAUGGAACCGCAGCUGCCAAUGCCGUUUGCUCAUGGUGGAUACGGUUUGCAGUCUCUCUACCCUCCAGCUUACUUUCAUCAGUAGUUCUUGGUGGUACUCUUUAUGUUUUUUGUCCUUCAUUUCUUUUACAGAAAUUAGAUGGUAGGUUAGAUGUGUGGAUGUCUGUAUACUUGUAUAGUGCCACAUUUUUUCUUAAAUAAAUCAUUUUGCUAA